CUGGGCGGCGCAAAAAAACAAACAAAAAAAAAACAAAAACGCGUUUCUAAGACACAAGCGCAACAUAAUGUCUGGGUUUUUUUUUGCAUACCGUGCCGUGGAUGAAGGAGAUGAUAUUUCUCGCGAACACUUCGCUCCAAAAUAAAGCAAUAAAAAAAAUAAAGUAUUUGUAAAGAGAAUUGCUCAUCAGCUCAUCAGCCUGAUGGUGGUUGUAAGCAUCAGGAGCGCGCACAAGCGGCGGUUUGUGCUGCUGUUCCUGAGUAUCACCGGGAUCAUCAUUUACCGGCACUUCAGUGGACAACCAGAGAAGGUGCGGAUCAGCAGGAAACAGGGAUUAACGGUGAACUCUUCCCAGUUCACGCUGGGAGGCGAGCCGUUCCGCGUCCUCGGGGGUUCGCUUCACUACUUCCGCGUCCCUCGGGCCUACUGGAAGGAUCGCAUGAUGAAGAUGAAGGCUUGUGGCCUCAACACUCUAACCACAUACGUGCCGUGGAACCUGCACGAGUCUGAACGAGGGAACUUCCAGUUCAACGCAGGUCUGGAUUUGGAGACGUUUCUCCUCCAGGCGGCUGAUGUGGGUCUCUGGGUUAUCCUUCAUCCGGGUCCCUACGUCUCCUCAGAGCUGGACCUUGGAGGAUUGCCGAGCUGGCUGUUAAGAGACAGGAAAAUGAAGCUGAGGACGACGUACGCUGGCUUCACGCAGGCCGUCGAGGCUUUUUUGGACAAGCUCAUUCCCAAAAUGGUGCCCUUACAGUUCAGGAAAGGUGGCCCUAUCAUUGCCGUGCAAGUGGAGCAUGAAUAUGGGUCGUAUGCAGUGGACAGGAAAUAUAUGGCGUUUCUGAAAGAGGCCCUUGAGUCGAGGGGCAUCAGUGAGCUUCUCCUCACAUCAGACAGCCAUGAGGGCUUAAAGAGUGGAGGAGUGAGCGGAGUUCUCAGGACUCUGAAUCUGCGGAAACUAAAUUACGAAGACAUCAAGUAUCUGGAUUCUGUGCAGCCAAACAGCCCUGUUUUAAUUACGGAGUACUUGACCGGACGCUUCGAUGGCUGGGGAGAUCUGCAUCACAUCUUUCCUGUAGAAGACAUGGUCGCAGUGGUUAGAGAGGUUUUGCGGCGUGGCAUGUCCAUCAACCUGCACAUGUUCCAUGGAGGAACAAACUUCGGCUUCAUGACCGGCGCUGUGGCAAAGCCCUCUUACAAGGCUCUAAUCACGAGCUAUGAUUAUGACGCGCCUUUGUCCGAGGCCGGUGAAUAUACACCGAAGUACCAUCUGCUGAGAGAACUCCUCAGUCGAUACAGUAACGAUCCUCUGCCGGAGAUGCCGGCUCUGCGCUGGAAGGAAAGCUACGAGCCAGCCAUCAUGUACCGACACCUCUCUUUAUGGGAUGCUCUGCCUUUCACACAGGAGCCUUUUAAAUCCAGGAAUCCUGUUAAUAUGGAGAAUCUCCCCGUAAACAACAGGAACGGACAAGCAUACGGAUACACACUGUAUGAGACCACCAUCACCACCGGAGGCUUCUUAAAAUCUGGAAACAACAUCCGAGACAGAGCACUGGUGUUUGUGAACAGAGGCUUCAUCGGCACUUUCGACUACAAGAAUACAGAGUUAGCAGUUUCUGAUGGGAAGGAGGCUCGAAUAUUGAGUUUGCUGGUAGAGAACUGCGGAAGAGUGCACUUUGGGCAGACCAUGGACAAUCAGCGCAAAGGGAUCGUUGGAGACAUUUUACUGAACAAUGUGCCUCUUAGAGACUUCACAAUUUACAGCCUGGAUAUGACACGCAGCUUUAUUGACAGUUUAUACAGAGCUCCGUGGAAGUCUCUCCCUCAGAAGCCAAGCUUUCCGUCAUUUCUUCAGGGAAGAAUUUUCGUGGAUGGAUAUCCGAGUGACACGUUCGUUAAGCUGCCUAGCUGGAGCAAAGGCGUGAUCUUCAUCAACAGCCAGAACGUCGGACGUUAUUGGCACGUCGGCCCCCAGCAGGCGCUCUACAUCCCAGGCCCUUUCCUCAACAGUGGAAUCAACCUAGUCAGUUAUCACAAUUUGUAUGGUGACAAGAGCAGUGUGUUUUUGGUUAUGUUUUACCAUGUGCCUUUGUUUUGGUUUUGGUCCUGUCUCCCCCCCUGUCAUGUAAUUGGUCUGUUACUUAUUGUGUUCACCUGUUGUGUGUUUAGUCCAUGAUUACUUUUUGUACUUAUACCUUGGUGUGUUAUGUGUGUUAUGCCAUUGUGAAGUCUUGUCGAUUGCAUUUCUGUGCUUUCUGAUUUUGACCCCUACCCGCUUUAUUAGUUUAGGAUCACAGAUUAUCCUUGUUUAAUGCUGUUUGCCUGUGUUUUUUUCCCCCCACUUCUGUCUCAAAUUUGGUCACCUACCAAUUCCCAUCCAACAGCCAGCUCUCCCCAUCAUACGACAGGGAGGGUGAAGGCUAAUAUGUGCUGUCUUUGAGACAUGUGAAGCCAGCCAGCUGCAUACUAUCGAACUGUUGCUCGUGAUGCAUCACAAACAGUGUAAUACACACAGAGGACAGUGCUAUCUGCCCUCUUCUGCAUACGUGAGCUCACAAAUGCUCACGAUUGGUUAGUGUCCCUGUAAUAUAUGAUCCCUCCCACCCAGAGAGCAUGACCAAUUUUGUUCCUUUGUUCCCUUGUUGCCUUGGGAACCUCAGUGUGAAGGCAGAAUGAGGACAUUUUACUGAAACAUGUACCUGUUUUCUCUUUAAGUAAGCACGUAUACGUUUUAAAUUUGUGUGACUCUGUGUUGUGCUAUGGUGCCUUUGGGUUUUUUUGUCUGUUAUUCAAGUGUUGUAAUUUUUUCCCCUUUCCCUACCACUUCCUCUGUGUUUGCUGCUUCGGUGCUUGCUAGACCACCACUGUAAAUUUGUUCCUAAUGACUUGCCUCAUCAAAUUAAAAGUUAAAUAUGUAUUAAAAAAAAAAAGAAUUUGAUUCCCAAAAGUCCCUCUUCAGAUAACAGGUGGGUGUGGAAAUAAAUCAACAUCAGCUUUUUGUUACAGAUUUACAAACCAAACUGUUAUUUCACCUAGUUAACCUGAAUAUACUCUCUGGAACGUAAAAACGAUGUUCUUUAGGGCAAGUACAUUAGUAAAAAAACAGUCAUUUUGAGCUGAAUUGGAAAUACGUCAUGUUUGUCUUACAGAUUUCUCUGGUUUAUUUCAGGUCACUGUAUUUGAGGAAGUGGAAUCUGAUUUUAAACUCCAGUUUGAAACCACUCCUGAUCUGGGAAUGACCGUCGACAUUCAGUGAUCGCACGACGGCUUAUACAGGUCACCCCAAAGGGUACGGUGAAAAAUUAAAUGCAUUCAAUGUUCCCGUGCUUAAUUUAUUUCACUGAAGCUACGUGAUUAUUGUUGCUAACAAUUAUAAAGGUCUGUCUCACCCAAAGAAUAUCUGCUCAAAGCAGAGCUGUAUUAUCAUCAUCCCUGUAACAUCCAGCA